UAAACAGUGGGGCAUAAACAGUGUCGCCGUCGGGCUCUAGUAUGUGCUACUUGUGGGCUGCUAACUGCACCAAAGUGCUGGAAGUCUGCGGCGUGCUAGCGUGACACAUCCGCCUCGGCGAAAUAUCCAGCUCUACUUUUUUGUCGGAGUGCAUCUGCAGCCUGGUGGAGUCGGGGUGUGUGGAAGCGGGAUGACGGACGACUGAGCAGCUCUUCGCUGGUUCUGGGCUUUGUGUCGGUGAUGGCCGAGCUGAUAAGACGGUGUAGUUGCUUCUUCCUCUAUGACGGAUCCAAGGUCACAGGAGAGGGCGACCGCACAAGAGAGGGAAUCUGCUACUUCUAUCCUGAGGAGACCCCUAUAGAUAAGCAGGAGCUGCUCUGUGGGCAGCUUGCCGGCGUGGGCCGUUGUGUCUCUGAGCUUUCCUCCUCUCCUGUACGCAUACUGAGGCUACGCCGCAACAAGUAUGCCAUCCGCAUGGAAAAUGACUUCUUUUGGGCUCUGGGCUGCUCAGUGGAAGUCCCCACCGUCAGUGUCUGCGAGCUCCUGGAUCAGCUAAUAAACCUUUUUUGUUUCUACAGUGGCUCCGUCCGACUGAGCUACCAGCUUAACAGUCAGGAGACUUUGGCUGCUCGGUGGGCGCAGUACCUCUCGCACCUGCAGUCAGGAUCCUCAGAGCUUCAUCGCACAUUCAGCUGUUUAAAGACCAUCGACUCAACCAAUGUUGAUCCACUUCUGCUGCUCAAAGCUGCCCUCAUUCUCCAGGCCUGUCAGCGCUGCCCUCUAGUGUUAGCAGGCUGUGUUCUGUUCAGAGGAAGAGUUGUAAGCACACAGAUGUCUCCAGAGCUCACAAUGAAGGUCAUGGUUCAUGAGAGUGAAACGUACACCAAGGCCCAGAGGCCCAAUGGACCGAGCACUUCCAGCUCCUUUGGUGCUGCUGUCAGCUCCACUACAGUGUACCUGACCACGUCUGAACUCCAGUACCUGCAAUCCGCUCCUGUCGACAAAGAUUUCAGUUCCCAUUCUAUCCCACACAAAGAUGCUCCCCCAAAAAAGACCCGGCUGUCAAGAACUUUAUCUGACACGGCCUCCACUGAGUCCGAUUCAUCUGGUCCAGGUCCCACCCAGUCUCCCAAGAAAGUGUCCGUCAGCCCUCGCUUGACAGAAUCAGAUAACUCCGCUCCAUCACAGCCCGCCGCUGCUCCACUCAACCCCCCACCCCAGUCCCCCCAGCCUCCUUUCUCGAAUGAAGCUGAGGAGGAAGUGCUGGAGGAAUCGUAUUAUCAGAGUUUUCACAGCAACGGAGGCGGAGACAGCCAGAUGCAUAACAAAGGAGACGACUUGGUGUUUGAAGAAAACUCCCACAUCAAUGGAGGCGGAAGAGAUGGAGACACAGCUUUUGGGACAGUGUUUGACUUCCGAGGGGUUGAGUCAGGCAAUGAAGAAUCCUGUGAAGAUAAGGUGGUGGUGGUGGGAGACGGUGGAGUUGGCUGCGGGAGUGCACAAGGUCACAAGGCCGAGGUGCGAGAUGCUCGUCCUUGCUCGGGUGCUUUUUACGACCCAGAGGAGAGUCCACUGACCCCCAUGACGCUGUACCUGCACCGGGUGAAAGGCUUGGUGCUGGCCCUGCUGGUGGAGCCUCACUUCUUGAGCGACACUGCUUCUAUGGAGGAAGUGUAUCACAGCAGCCUGGCGUCACUCAAUGGCCUGGAGGCCCAUCUGAGGACCAUCUCUCCAGGGGCCCGGGGCACCCCAGGACCCUACAUCUUUGCCCAUUUUGACUGCAUUCAGAGCACACUGACAACCAACCUGUCUGGUCGACCAGGGGGAGCCCCGGAGCAUCCUUUUGUCAGAGCCACAUCACUUCUUCACUCGCAUUUCUGUAACACUGAAACUCUGCAGGAGGCUAUUAUCAGGAGUGCCGGUGCUGCUGUGUACGGAACCCGCAGCGUGGCCCAGGAGACUUACUUCCAGCAGCACGGGGGAUCGUUGAGGAACUCCGGCAUCCCCAACCACCAGGACAGCGCGUUCUCGCUGCCCAGCAAGGCCCGACACAGACUGCUGAAACACGGGGUUAACCUGCUCUGACGUGCCAGCAAUGUGACCUCUGCUCUGGGUGUUUGGAAGUUAUUUAAUGCAGAACUGUCCCUGUGAAUAACUUUAAAAUCAACACAGAAGACGUGAGGAAGCUGCUGUGGUUACCUUGAUCCCACGACAGAUUGUCUGAUAUUUGCAUGUGAUGUGUCAUGAAACAUUAAGGCACUCAUAUUCAUAACGUAACUAUUUCUUUUAUAUUUGUAUCAUAAAUAUAAAAUUGCUAUGAAAAUUA